AAACAAAAUCUAAAAAUUUUACCUGAACUGUGCCGCCGCAGACAUGUCGCUUACUAUGCGAAUUUUCACAGCAUCCCGCAAUGGUCAGCGCAUGUUUCGCACCAAUGGCGCCUGCUUGCUGGCCGCCAAGCGGACCGAACCCAAAGACAUUGUUGAGGUCCCAAAGGGCUAUGUGUAUGUGAAUAACAAGGAACUGAGCAUGGAGAUGGAGGACAUCACCGACCGGGCGGCGACAUCAAUGUUCUUUGGCGAGCUCUUCCGCGGCUUUGGCGUCACACUGGCCCACAUCUUCAAGGAGCCGGCCACCAUCAACUAUCCAUUUGAGAAGGGACCUUUAAGUCCCCGCUUCCGGGGCGAGCACGCCCUGCGUCGCUAUCCCAGCGGCGAGGAGCGUUGUAUCGCCUGCAAGCUCUGCGAGGCCAUCUGCCCCGCCCAGGCCAUCACCAUUGAGGCGGAGGAGCGUGCCGAUGGCAGCAGACGUACGACGCGCUACGAUAUCGACAUGACCAAGUGCAUCUACUGUGGCUUCUGUCAGGAGGCCUGCCCUGUGGAUGCCAUUGUCGAGGGACCCAAUUUCGAAUUCUCCACAGAGACGCACGAGGAGUUGCUGUACAACAAGGAAAAGCUGCUCUGCAACGGCGACAAAUGGGAGUCUGAGAUUGCGUCCAAUCUGCAAGCGGAUCAUCUCUAUCGUUAAUGUCGGUUGUACAUAUACUAGAAUCCUUUGUUUAGAACGAUUUUCCAAUUAAAUAUCGUUGCCGUGGCUGCGUCUCAAUA